CCCGCACACAGGCUGUUUUUCUUUUUUUUCCUGGCUCCAAACCCCCCGACGACUGCACGACUCGCCCCGACACAGCGACAUGCCCUAGGCCAUGUCGUCAUUCAACUACGACCGCUACGACCGGCGCCAGUCGAGCUCGCGCAACCGCAGCACGCUCGGCUUCUAUGUCCCUCUGAUCGUGACGGUGACGGUUGCGACGGCCGGGCUCGCGGCGUGGGUGUGGAGCGCGCGCGAGGACGGCCGCGACUACAAUUCGGACGACGAUCUGAGCUACGGCGAGGACAGUGCCCUCGAGAAGCGGCAAGGCAGGCCCCGCGAUGUCGCCACGGGCGACGCAGGCGGUGAGGGCUGGGGCAACGAGGCCUCGCUGCUGGGCCUCGCGCAGGGCGUGAUCCGCCGCACGCCGUCGCCCCAGCAGCUGUUCGACACGGUGAGCAAGAAGACGGCGGCGGGCUGGGCGGCGGCGGGCGCUGCCCUGGCCUCGAUCCGCGAGGAGGACCGCGACGAGGCCUUUGGCGACCACUCGCGCUGGAGCGAGGAGGCGGCGCUGCGCAGGAACAUCGAGGCCCAGAGCCGCGAGAGCGGGGCCGCCGUCGACUCGCACGCACGCGGCUUUGCAGAGAGCCUCAGGAAGGCCGCGCCCAGAGCCCCCAGGGACUGGGGCAAGAGGAAGACGGUGGUGCUCGUCGUCAGCGCCGAGAGCCUCGCAGACCGCGACCUCGACGACGACGACGACGACUCGUACCGGGAAGAGACGGCCACCGUCCUCUCCCACCUGCCCGCCACCGACUUCGCCAGGACCAAGCUCUUCGUCCUCGUCUACGCCCCCUCGCUGCGCUCGCGCCCCCAGUCUCGCGCAAACUCGCGCUCCGGCUCGCUGUCGCUGGGCGACUCGUACUCGGCCAUCAGCACGCCCGCCCGCACGCCCGGCGAAGAGCUGCAGUCCAUCGAGCCCGUCGUCUACACGCCCGCGCCCAGCGCCCGCGGCUCCGACACGUCGCUGUGGCACACGCUGCACUCGCAGGCCCUGCGCCUCGUCGAGGACCCGGCCAUGCUGCUGCCCUUCACCACCCCGGCGGGCUACGUGCACAUGGUGCGCCACCUCGCCCCGGACCUCGUCUACGUCGUCGAUGCCCUCAGCGGCGUCAAUGGCCAGAACAUUGACGACGUCCGCAAGUGGGUGGGCCAGACCAUUGUCGUCGUGGGCGCCGACGGCACCGGCCUUGGCGGCCUCGUCGACACAGACGACGAGGGCCCCGCCCGCAGGGGCAAGGAGAGCGAGCACACGGUGCGCUGGUGGCAGGUCACCGACAUGAUUGGCCUGGGCAAGGGCGUCGACGUCGUCGACGCCUCCAGGCUCACCGACGACUACGAGAGGAGGGUUGCCGGCCGCGAGUAGAGCCCUUGUCCCCCUCAAUGACUGAUUCUUUUUGGCGUUUGACCAUGUGUUAUGUCUAUACCGGCGCCAUGCCACCCUCCCCCAAUGUGGAUCACUUGAUCAUGAACCCAGUACAAUGAUGGCCCUUUGCUGCUCUUUUUGCUUUCUAGAAUACAAAAACCAUACCCUAUCCC